AUGGCGCCCUACGAAGAGACCUUGAAGGGCAAGUACCCUGGAAAGCUCCAUGCCAAACGCGUCGCCGAGUACAUCCGGUCCAAGCUGCCAAACGCCACGAGUGGUGUCAUUUAUCUCGAAGGCGGCAAGACGAGGAUGAUCGAGGACUGCGACCAGGAGGAACACUUCCGGCAGCGCCGAUACUUCUACUAUCUGACCGGCUGUGACCUGCCCGACUGCCACUAUACCUACGACAUCGCCUCGGGCGAGUCAACCCUUUUCGUCCCUCCCGUCGAUGCCGAGUCCGUCGUCUGGUCCGGCCUGCCACUGAGCACCGCCGAGGCCCUCGACCAGUAUGAUGUCCACCACGCCGCCCUCACCACGGACGUCAACUCCACCCUUGCCCACCUCGCCAAGAACAUCUCCAAGACGGUCUUCGCGAUACCCGGCCAGAUAUCAGACCAUGUCACCUUCCUCGAGUUCGAGGACAAGAACCUGAGCAUCCUCAAGGAGGCCAUCGAGUACUCCCGCGUCGUCAAGUCCGACUACGAGGUGGCCUUGAUCCAAAAGGCCAGCGACAUCUCAUCCGCCGCCCACAGGGCCGUCAUGGAGAAAGUCCGGCACGCAAAGAACGAGACGGAGCUGGAGGCGGUGCUCUUGUCGCAAUUCGUGUCCAAGGGCUCCAAGAACCAGGCAUACAGCACCAUCGUCGCCAGUGGCCGCUCGGCCGCCACCCUGCAUUACGUCCGCAACGACCAGCCUCUCGAGGGAAAGCUGAACCUCCUGCUGGACGCCGGGUGCGAGAUCAACUGCUACGCCUCAGACAUCACCCGCACCUUCCCCAUCAACGGCAAGUUCACCCCGGAGAGCCGCGCCAUCUACGACAUCGUCCUCAAGAUGCAGCUCGAGAGCAUCGCAAUGCUCAAGGAGGGCGUCAGCUGGGACGACGUGCACGCCAACGCGCACCGGAUCGCCAUCGACGGCCUGCUCCAGCUGGGGGUACUGAAGGGCGACAGGGAGGACAUCUUCAAGAGCAAGGCGAGCGUCGCCUUCUUCCCCCACGGGCUCGGGCACUACAUGGGCAUGGACACCCACGACGUUGGGGGCGACCCCAACUACGCCGACUCCGAUCCCAUGUUCAGGUACCUGCGGAAGCGCGGGACCCUGCCCGCCGGCAGCGUCAUCACGGUCGAGCCCGGCAUCUACUUCUGCAAGUUCAUCAUCGACCCGGCCCUCAAGGACCCGGCCACGGCGAAACACAUCGAUGUCGGUGUGCUGGAACGGUACUGGGACGUCGGCGGGGUGAGGAUCGAGGACAAUGUGCUCAUCACCAAGGGCGGCUGCGAGAACUUUACCAGUGUUGUCAAGGACCCGGAGGAGCUGGAGAGGAUCAUCUCCUCGAGUUAG